AUGGCGGUACCAUGGAGAGCCGUUCUUCUGACAACAUGCAUUCUGCUCAUCCCAGCAGUCUUCGCAGCCGAAGCAUGGCAAUCGGACGCGGAUACGAUGGAGCUGCAGAUAGAACUGCAUGAACUAGAUCUCGCCGAUGACGAUACCUUCCCUUCGCCCGUCGAACCUGAUUCCUUCGAGCCCGUCAGGCGAGAGCGCAUUCUCAAAGCCGCAAGCGCCGUGGACGAGGGAACUCCGUUGAACCGCACCGCAGUGGGAGCAGCCAGCAAGCCGGAGAAGAAGAAGACCGGGGGGCACCAUAAGAAGGGCGGCGGACACAAGAAGGGAGGCGGGCAUAAGAAGGGAGGCGGACACAAGAAGGGGAUUAGCAAGACAGACACCCCUGCGACCAACACACCCGUUGCACCCAACGCGCCCAGCAAUUUCCCCAAAAUUCCGGUUGCCUCCACCACACCUCCCCCUAAAACCUCCGUACCUGUUCAUAAGCCAACGGUCGCUGCUCCGGAAACGCCCGUGGUUUCCAAGACGCCCGUCGUUCCUAAAACUCCCGUUGUUCCAAAAACGCCCGUCGUUCCUAAGACGCCGGUGGUUCCUAAAACGCCGGUAGUUCCUAAAACGCCGGUGGCUCCGAAGACGCCCGUCGUUCCUAAGACGCCCGUUGCUCCCAAGACGCCCGUCGCUCCCAAGACGCCCGUCGCUCCUAAGACGCCUGUCGUUCCUAAGACGCCCGUCGUCCCGAAAACCCCUGUCGCCGUCGCAAAGAAGCCAGUCACGAAGCGUCCCAUCGCCGAAACCCCCGCUAAAAACCCCGUCGUUCUGCCGAAGCGGCCAGUCAUCAUCCCCCCGGCGCCACGUGUCCCGCCCGCCAUCGACCCGCCCGUGGUGGGCACGCGCGUGGGCGUGUGGAACCUUCCCAACUACAAGAACCUCCCCGCAGUUCUCAAGCCCGCGCUAAUCACCUGGCCGAGCCCGACCGCCACCUGCGUCACCCUCCCGCGCGGAUUCUACGCGAAUCUGCACUCGGCAAAGAUCAUCUGGAACGCCGCGGAUAGGACGCACAACCACUUCCUCUGCCAGACGGUUACGUUCUGGAUGAAGGCCGGGUGCACGGGCGGCGGAGUGUUCGUGAGCCUGCCUUUGCCGGCGGAUCCGAAUAAGUUCGACUACCCGAUCUCGGCGGUGAAGGCGUUUCCCGCGGAGAACAGCCGCGCCGUGUCCGUCUCGUGCACUAUUGCCAAGAGCGCGUGCUCCACGGUCCGCUGCCCCGUCCAUUCCAAAUGCACCGUGACUCCCGCCGGUGCUGCCGCGUGUACAUGCAAGCGCGGCUACACGUCCAUCGGCGGCAAGUGCAUCAACGUGUGCGCAUCCGUGACCUGCCCCGCGGGAGCGUCGUGCCAGGCCACCAACGGCAAGGCGCUCUGCAUCUGCCGCAGCGGCAGCCCGCCCGUCGGCGGCAUCUGCAAAGAGGCCACGGGCACCUCCGCGGUUCUCGAGUACGUUAUGGGGCAUAAUGCCGCGCGCAGCGCCAUCGGUCUCCCGCCGCUCGCGUGGAAUGCGUCAUUGGCGCUGCGCGCGCAGAACUGGGCGCGCGUGCUGGCGCAGAAGCACCAGUGCAUGCAGCUGGAACACGGUGACACCAACGGUGUGGGGCAAAACCUCUUCGCAGGUUGCUGUAACGGAUUCUACAAAAACGCGGACGCCGUACAGGCGUGGGUGGACGAGAUCAAGGAUUACAAGUACGGGAAAUACCCUGACGCGUGCCGCGCUGGGAAGCAGUGCGGACACUACACGCAAGUGGUUUGGGAGACGACGAAGCAGGUGGGGUGCGGUCGUGUGGAUUGCGCGAACGGUUGGACGGUUUGGGCGUGCGACUACUACCCGCCUGGUAACUACAUCGGACAAUACCCCUAUUGA